GAGAGAGAGAGACAGAGAGAGAGAAGAGAGAGUGGUGUCUGUGAAGGGAGAGAGCGCUGCAGCUGCCAGAGGAGCAGCCCCUUUUGCCCUUGGAGGAACCAGCAACCCCUGGCCAUCCCUCUCCUCUCCCUCCAGGGCUCCGGGGGCUUUGGACAGGGCUGAAGGGGAGGCCAAGGAGACCCCUGGGCUCGGAGGCGGCUGCGGCCCCUGACUGACUCGACCACCGGCGGCGGAGUUCCAGCCCGACAUCCCUUUACUCUUCGCAGGUUGCAGCAGGAGGAGGAGGAGGAGGGCCAGGUUGCAUGCCUGGUUGGACUUGAUGCUUGAUUUGCAUGACUCAUAACAAUCUGUUUCUGGAUUUGUCAGUGAGCAGGCAUGGCCCACCGGGGAAAUAUUAAUGGAAGUUCCACAGAAAAAGAUGAAAAUGUCCUGAAUGGGGAGGAUGAGAGAGAUCAGAAAGAUCCCUAUUUUGUGGAAACACCUUAUGGUUACCAGCUUGAUUUGGAUUUCCUUAAAUAUGUGGAAGAUAUACAAAAGGGAAAUACUAUUAAAAAGCUGAACAUACAGAAAAAGAGGAAAGUGAUACCACCUUUUGCAGCUGUGAAAAACACCACCUCCAGCCAGUACAGUGGAUGGACAUCAAAUGAAUCUCUUUCUUCUUCUAACAGUGAUGAAAACAAACAUUCAUCUUCAUUCUGUGCAGCACAGAGUCCAGCAGCAGCAGCUCCCACUACCUCUGCCUCUACAAGGCCGUCUUUGUCCUUUGAGGCCUCUCCAAGUUUCCUAACUAUUCCUGAAAGCAAACAACUACUGCCUCCUUCACCACAGCUGCCUAGGCACAACCUUCGUGUUACUAAAACGCUAAUGGAAACCCGGAGAAGACUGGAGCAGGAAAAGAUGGCAAUGCAGGCAAUUCCAGGAGAAACUCGGAGGCCAAGGCUUUCCAGUUUUGGAGCCAUGGGUUCAACAGGCUCACUUCCUUCCUAUGUAGGAUCCAGUGGACAUAACCAGGUGUCCCAUCAGUUUCAGAAUGGAUACCAGGGCAAUGGAGACUAUAGUCUUCAUCUAGCAUCUUCUCUGGGCAGUUCCAUCCGGCACAGCCCAUUGAGUUCAGGUAUAUCAACACCUGUGACUAACGUGAGCCCAGUUCACCUGCAGCAUAUUAGGGAACAAAUGGCCAUUGCCCUCAAACGCCUCAAGGAACUUGAGGAGCAAGUCAAGACUAUUCCUGUGCUCCAGGUGAAGAUUUCAGUAUUGCAGGAAGAGAAAAGGCAGAUGAUGGCAAAGCUCAAAAACCAAAGAAUAGUCAACCAGAACGACACAGGCCAUUUCAGGAAAAGGUCAUAUAGUGCAGGAAAUGCCGAACAGUGGAAGAAUCUCUCUCCAGCCAGAGGAGGUGGAGAACUCUACAUAGACUGUGAAGAUGACACAGGGAGUGUAGAACAGAGCUCAGAGAGGAUAGAAGAAUUUAGGCAGUUAACUGCAGAAAUGCAAGCUUUGGAGAAGAAAAUUCAGGACAGCAAUUACGAUAUUCCAUCUAACCUGCGGGUGAACCGACCAAGUGUAACAAAAGAAAACAGGUCUGUUUCUGUAGGUGCAGAUGAAAGUAUGGACAACAUUGUUGUGUACAACAGAGCUUUGAGAGCAUUCAGGGAUAUAGCAGUAGGAACAGAACUUGUGACUAAAGAUUUUGUUGUUGGGGUGACAGAAGGGAUGCUUGGUGUGUCUACAGAGGCUGAGAGGGAAAUAGAGCUCCAGCAUCAGACCAUUGAAGCCCUUAAAGACAAAAUUUACCGGCUGGAGGUUCAGCUGAGGGAAGCCACUCAUGACAGGGAGAUGACCAAAUUAAAACAUGAGCUGCAGGCAGCUGGGUCCAGGAAAAAAAUGGACAAGGCACUGAUGGCACAGCCCCUCCUCUUCAGUAGAGCAGUGGAAGCAGUAGUACAAACAAGAGACCAAAUGGUGGGAGAUCAUGUGGAUGUUGUUGAAUCCUGUGUGGGGAACUCUCUCCAAAUGAAUAGUGUUGGAGUUUUGUGUAGGCCUAUGUUACAGAGUUCAGCUGUGGGUCCAGAUGUGCCUAUGAAUUGGUGGAUUGUGACAGAGAGAAAAGACAUGUGUGACCAGUGCGUUGAAAGCUCUGUUGAAACAUGCAAUCAGUGUGUGGGGACAGAAAGUAGCAUCUGCGAAACUGGGGUCAAUACAGAAGAGUCAGUAGACAGAUUAAGCCUGCACAAAACUGAACUGAAAAUCAAAGAAGUCCGGUCGAUAGGCUGUGGAGAGUGUUUGGAUGCGACAGUCUGCCCAGCAAACGAGACCAUUUCCCGCAGCACAAACACAGAGACUGGUUGCAAAGUAGAUUCUGCAGUAAUGGCAGUGCCUUGUACAGCUACCCAGGGAACCAAUACAGUAUUAGAAAAGACUGACCAAUUGACCAAUACAGAAGUAGCUACUGUUACAGAUUCCAGCACCAAUACUGUUGUGAGCACUUAUGAUAAACAGACGAACACUGUGAGUGUGGAGAUGAGGACUGUGGCUGUUGGAGAUGGCAGAGUCAAGGAUGUGAAUACAGCGGCUAAAACUCGUUCAAUUGGUGUGGGAACUCUGCUCUCUACCACUGCUAGCUUUGAUAGAUCUUCCCUUACAAAGACCAAAGAUUGUGGAGUGGGGCAGAUCAAUAUCAAUGAGAACUACCUAGUUGGGCUCAAAAUGAGAAAUAUUGCCUGCGGUCCUCCUCCAGUGUCUGUGACACCAUCCAGCACUAGAAGCAUUGGUGUUGGGGAUGAAUCUGUAUACGAAUCGGAGAACUUUGUGCUGGACCAUCCUCUCCCUCUGCCUGAGAUACGGACUGGUUUGGAUCAUUACAUUGAACGGGUUCAGAAGCUUGUUCAGGAGCAACAGAUGCUACUUGCUGAAAAUUAUGCUGAGCUAGCAGAUGCAUUUGGAGAGCCUCAUUCUCAAAUUGGGUCUCUUAAUUCUCAGCUCAUCAGCACUCUUUCAUCCAUCAACAAUGUCAUGAAAUAUGCAAGCACGGAGGAACUGCGCAACUUAGAUGUGCCGAAACAGUGCAUAGACAAAGCUGAUGUGGCAGAAGAAAAUCUGCUAAACGCCCCUCAUGGCCACACUGGUAGCUCACAUUUAGUUUCAAGUUCCCUAAAGUUGAAGCUGGGACAUGAAAUUGGGACCAUAAAUGAGGAGAAGACAGAGAGAGGACGGGACUGGAAAGCCUCAUCUUCCCAAGACAAGGCAAUGUCUCCAAUUAAUCUAACAGAUGACCAGCUUGCCUCUGGGCUUUAUGUAUGUGCAAAUGAUAACAUGUUGAAGUCCAUCAUGAAGAAAAAGGAUGGGAAAAAAGAUGAGAAUGCAAAGAAGAAUCUGCAGUUUGUUGGUAUAAAUGGAGGGUAUGAAACAACAUCAAGUGAUGAUUCUAGUUCAGAAGAGAGUUCCUCUUCAGAAUCUGAUGAUGAGUGUGUUGGGAAUAAAUAUGCUCAAAUUGAAGAAAAUGGUAGUUUGCUCAGUGUGGAAGAACAGCAUGGACUGAACAGGGAAGAUAUGUCUGCCAGAGUAGAAGGAGUGGUGCAGGUUCAAGAGCCAGAGCCUGAAAAAGUGGAAAUCCGUGAGAGAUAUGAAUUGAGUGAAAAGAUGUUAUCUGCAUGUCAUCUUCUUAAAAGUAGCAUCGAUGAUCCCAAGGCCAUGAUCAGCAAAGAGACUCGAUUUUGUUUAAACACCAUCCAGCACGAGUGGUUUCGUAUAUCAAGCCAGAAGUCGGCUGUUCCUGCAAUGGUUGGGGACUACAUAGCUGCUUUUGAAGAGGUUUCUCCUGUAGUCCUCAGACAUAUUAUCAACAUGGCAGAUGGAAAUGGCAACACGGCUCUCCAUUACAGUGUUUCCCACUCUAAUUUUGAGAUUGUGAAGUUGCUUUUAGAUGCAAAUGUCUGCAACGUAAAUCACCAGAACAAGGCUGGUUAUACUCCCAUUAUGCUGGCUGCUCUUGCAGCUGUAGAUGCGGAGAAAGACAUGAGAAUAGUAGAAGAGCUCUUUGCUUGUGGAGAUGUGAAUGCCAAAGCCAGUCAGGCUGGCCAAACUGCUCUGAUGCUUGCUGUCAGCCAUGGGCGAAUAGAUAUGGUGAAAGCUCUGCUGGCUUGUGGUGCAGAUGUUAACAUCCAAGAUGAUGAGGGCUCCACUGCUUUGAUGUGUGCUAGUGAGCAUGGACAUGUUGAGAUUGUCAAACUUUUGCUGGCUCAGUCUGGAUGUAAUGGCACACUGGAGGACAAUGAUGGGAGCACAGCACUUUCAAUAGCCCUUGAAGCAGGCCACAAGGAUAUCGCUGUUCUUCUCUAUGCUCAUGCAAACUUUUCCAAAACUCAGUCUCCGGGCACUCCAAGGCUCGGAAGGAAGCCAUCUCCUAGUCCUACUCAUAGAAGCCCAUUUGAUUGCUAGUGCACAACGUUAGCCUGUUAAACACUAAUGUCACCUCUCCCAAGCUGCUAGUGGUUACUGUUUUACAGUGACAGAUAUUGAAUGUAAUUGCCUUGUGCCUAAGCUCACCAGCAAACUGAAAUCAAAUAGAGCUAAAGUCAGAAAAAGUGUUACGACAAUGUCCUUGUUAACAACGUUACUCAGGAUCUUGUAGCAGUUGUACAUGGGAGCGGAGGGAUUAAUAGAUGGUACUACUUCCCCUAGCUCUCCAAGACCAUUUAUGUGUACUCGGUCACUAUACAGGUUGGACAAGCUACUCCAUGCUGCUGCAGGAUCUUACAGAUAUACCAUAAAGUAUAAGAAAAUGCGAACAUGGUAUGUUGGUUGUCACAAGGCCUGCUGUGGGGGCAGGGAAAAGGCAACGCUCAUAAAGGACUGGUUGCACAUGGGCUCCAUAUGGCAUCUCAUUGCCCUUUUGAGUCUUCAUUUUGUUCAUCUUUUCUGCCUCUAGGAAAUGGUAUAAUAUUUUGUUUUUGUUUUUUCACUGUAGUAUAUUCUCUUCUGUUACCAACAUAAAAGUGUUUUUAAGCUAUCUGUUCAGUUAUGACUGGACUUUCCCCAUCCAGAUAAUUCUUAUUGGCUGUAUGUUCUUUACAGAUAUUUAUAUUUGCUACUGUUGAAAUUUUUGGCAAGAACCCUUUUAUUAUAAAGGUCAUUCCACAAUGGUUUUGAGUCUUGUUUUAAAGCUUAUUUUAAAUUCUAAAAGUGGCAACUGCUUAUGAGGAUGUUAGCUCUUUGGAAGCUCAGCUGGUGAACUGAUGGCUUCACCAUGGAUGAUGGACUGCUAUAUAACCUGGGACUUGUUAAAUAAAUUGCUGCCGAUUUGUACAGCUUUUAUAUAAAGAUUAUGUCAGUAUUUUUGACACUUUCUAUUCCAACAUAAUUACGGCAAUAUUUACACAUAACUGUUAAUAGACUUUUAUUAAUAGUCAUCUACAUGAACGCUGACAUGCAUUGCAAAAUAUUCAUCUCUGCUGGAAUGAAAUGUAGUUCUGGAUGUGCAUGGGCGAUGCACACACACAUAUAUGCAAUGCUUAUUUCUCUGUCAUGUUCACUUCAGUCAUAUGCAUUUAAGUGUUUGAAGUGCCUUAGACUCUUGCCAUAUUUUCAAAAUAAAAUUUCCUUAUUUUA